AUGCAUUUAACUAAAGAUAUUGAGGCUCGAUCUGUUGGACAUUUGCAAAAACUAAAUCGAGGACUUGAAAAUAAAAUCAUUUCGUUGCAACAGAAACUUGAUUUUAUGGCAAAAAAUGGCAGACUUUGGAUUAUUUCUAAUGAGGCUGAUAAAAUGCGAGCAGAAAUGGCAAAAUUGGAAACAGAAAGAUGCUUACUUUUGGCUAGUAAAUCAUAUGCAGAAGACUUGGAAGCAAAAAUAAGAUUGCUAGAAGGUAUACGAAAAGAAGAAACAGAAAAGAAUUCCAAAUUAGAGGAAAACUUACAAAAUACAAAAAAUGAAUUGAAACUGAAGAUUAAAAAAAUGUCUGUUAAAGUCGAUAACUUAAAUAACGAACUAACAACUCUUCGUCUGCAUUAUACCGAAUUAUCAAAACAGAAGAAUCUUGUAGAUAUCGAAUUAGCUCGAGAAAAGAAUCGCUGCUCGGAAUCAGAAAAAGAAAUAUCUCAGAUGCGUGAACAGCUUCUGGCAAAUGCAAACCUUCUUGCAAGUCCUGUACUUAGUCGAGCAGGAAGUAAAUUUCAUGCUAUGAGUUUUAGUUAG